AUGGUGUUGUCAUGGUUGCAUCGUUCAAUUACAGAAUCGAUCUCUCAAUCCAUCCAUUGGAUGGAUCAGGCAUUAGAUGUCUGGAAUGACCUGAAAGAGAGGUUUUCUCAGGGUGAUAUAUUCAAGAUUUCUGAUCUCCAAGAUGAUAUCUACCGAUUACAUCAAGGAGACAACACUGUAUCUGAUUACUAUACGCAACUAAAGGUGCUAUGGGAUGAGUUGGAAACACUACAGCCAACUCCAAGUUGCAGAUGCAUACGUCCUUGCUGCAAUGUGUCUUCAGAAGUGAAGAAGAUUAGAGAAAGAGAUUAUUCCAUUCGUUUUCUUAAGGGAUUGAGUGAUAAAUUUUCACAUGUGAGGUCUCAAAUCAUGCUGAUAGACCCUUUGCCAUCUGUUAAUCGUGUAUUCUCUCUUAUUAUGCAACAAGAGAGACAGUUACAUUUAGAGGGACAUCUUUUGACUCAUGAUAGUCCCAAAAUCUUCUAUAACACUGCAGAUCAGUUCCAAGGACAUUCUCAAAUUCAAGGCAGAGGACGUUCUCAAAUUCGUGGAAGAGGACGUAGUACAGGAAGAGGUAGAUCAAACUCUUUCAGAAUAUGUACACAUUGUGGUAGAACUGGCCAUACAACUGAGACAUGCUUUGAGAAGCAUGGAUACCCUCCUGGUUACAAACAGAGGAACUAUGCACACAGAACCAAUAUGGCAUUAGUUGGGGAUCAAGAUGAGACAUCAGAAUUUCCUGAAGUGAAGGAUACUUUCACAAAGAACCAGUUCCAAACCAUAAUGGAGAUGAUACAACAAACAAUGCAUCAGAAUCCUGCAACACAACAUAAUUCAAAUCAUGCUAGCAACAUGGUGCAGUCCAAGGCACACAGUGCAGAAACCAAUGAUUCCUUAUCAGGUAAUUGUGAUUUUCAGUGGAUUUUAGAUACUGGAGCUAUAGAUCAUAUCACACACACUCUCGAAUUCUUGUCAUCUAUUCAAAAGAUUGAACUCAUAUCAAUUUCCUUGCCCAAUGGAAGUCAGGUGUAUACAUCCAUAUCAAGAACAGUUGUGAUUUCUGAUUUUCUUCAACUAACAAAUGUUUUGUUUGUUAAGGAAUUCAAGGUGAACUUAAUAUGA